AUGGUGUGGUAUGGCAGGUAUUGGGAUGAAGAUCGGAAUGGCGUAUUGGAUAAGGAGGAAGUCACUCGAGCUCUCAUUAAAACGUUUGGGUGGCAGAGGGCUUCUUUGGAGCAAAAUUCGACGGCCCGUAUGAUUAUCGAUGCAUUAUGGAGUGAUUUCGAUAUUGAUGGUGAUGGAACUAUCGAUAGUAGAGAAUUUUGCCGGAUACUCAUCUUACAAUGCAUCACUAAAAUUAGUGGUGAAUUGAAAGAGAUUCAGGUCCGAUACGGGUUUGGCCGACACGUUCCUCGCUAA